UCACCAUUAAGGGAAGCAUCUGAGUGUGAGAGACCGCCCCAGUAUCCGCUGCUGCAUCCAACUCGCUUCCACACUUGGGUUCAUUCAACACACACUUUUCCCACCGGGAUGGAGCCGCUUCGUGCAGCGCGCGGAGCUAACGCGGAACACGCACCUUUUCACACGGGACACAUGGCCGCGAAUAUAAGGCGAAUAUUUUCUACUUUCAUUUGGAUAAUUACACUCGUUUCAAGUUCGAGGACGAGGAUAUAUCCACCCAACGAAGUGACCCUGCUGGAUACCCGGACAGUGCCAGGAGAGCUGAAAUGGGCUGCCAGUCCUUCAGAGGGAGGGUGGGAAGAGGUGAGUAUUAUGGAUGAGAAGAACAUCCCCAUCAGGACAUACCAGGUGUGCAAUGUGUUGGAGCCCAAUCAGAACAACUGGUUGAGGACGGAUUGGAUUCCUCGUUCUGGUGCUCAGAGGGUCUACGUCGAAGUCAAGUUCACCCUGAGAGACUGUAACAGCCUGCCGGGGGUCACCGGCACCUGCAAGGAGACGUUCAAUUUGUACUACCACGAGUCGAACGAAGACAGAGAGAGCUACAUCAAAGAGAGCAGCUUCAUUAAGGUGGACACCGUGGCAGCAGACGAAAGCUUCACCCAGGUGGAUGUUGGUGACCGCAUCAUGAAACUGAACACUGAGGUGAGGGAUGUAAAAGUGACGACCCGUAAAGGUUUCUACCUGGCCUUUCAGGACGUUGGUGCCUGCAUCGCUUUGGUUUCUGUCCGAGUUUUCUACAAAACCUGCCCACUCACCAUACGGAACCUGGCAACUUUUCCUGACACUGUCACCGGAGCUGAUACGUCUUCCUUAGUGGAGGUCAGGGGGUCAUGUGUAAACCAAUCAGAAGAGAGAGAGGAGCCUAAAAUGUACUGCGGCGCUGAUGGAGAAUGGCUGGUUCCUAUUGGUGGAUGCCUCUGCCACCCAGGAUAUCAGGAGAAAGGCGGAGGAUGUAAAGCCUGCUCUGCUGGUUUUUACAAAGCGAAAGCUUCGGAUGCUGGAUGCUUUAAGUGUCCUCCUCACAGCCACUCGCUCCGAGACGGGGCAACCGCCUGUGACUGCCACUCUGGUUUUUACCGUGCUGACAGUGACCCUCCCUCCAUGGCCUGUACCCAGCCACCAUCAGCCCCUCAGCAACUCAUUUCUGUGGUGAAUGAGACGUCGGUGGUCCUGGAGUGGGCCCCCCCUCGCCGGCUGGGAGGACGCAGCGACACCAGCUACAGUCUGGAGUGUCUCAUUUGUCAAACAGGAAGCCACAGUCAAACCGGUAAAGUCCUCCCAAGGAAUCGCAGCAUCUCACUUCCAGAGGCUCAGUAUGGGGGCCUGGGGAUACAGUCAGACCAAGGGAUUGUGGGAUCUGAAGUGCAAACAGGGAGAGGGGUUUACCAGAGCGGGCAGGUACCUGAAGAUUACCCGAGACCUGGUUCAGAUUCAGGCUCCAGCUCUCAGCUCUGCCUCCCCUGCGGCUCAGACGUGCUCUUCUCCCCCGGUCAGACGGGCCUAAAGAGCACUAGGGUGGUGGUGAGUGAGCUCCGGGCCCACACGCACUACACCUUCAUUGUAUACGCACGCAACGGGGUCUCCCAGGUCAGCGGCACAGGUGUAGCCCAGAGUGUGUCCGUCACCGUCACCACCAACCAAGCUGCUCCCUCCCCCGUGUCAUCAGUCCACGCCACCGAAGUUACCAGGCACAGUUUGUCGUUGUCGUGGCAACAGCCGGAUCGACCCAAUGGGGUCAUCCUGGAGUACGAGGUCAAGUUCUAUGAAAAGGACCAGAGAGAGCGCUCCUAUCGCAUAAUGAGGACCUUCUCUCGGAUCGUCGAUGUAGCGGGUCUCAACCCCCUCACUGUGUACGUGUUUCAUGUGCGAGCUCGCACUGCAGCGGGAUACGGAGAGUUCAGUGCCCCAUUUGAGUUCUCCACAAAUUCAGAUCCCUUCCCUCUGAUUGGAGAAGGAGUAAACUCGGCCUUCCUGCUGCUGUCUGUCAGCGGGGUUGGAAUUUUACUGCUGAUAUCUGCAGCUGUCUUCAUCAUUAGCCGCAGGAGGAGUAAGUACAGCAAAACAAAGCAGGAUUCAGAGGAGGAGAAACAUCUUAACCCAGGAGUCAAAAUCUACGUGGACCCGUUCACCUAUGAAGACCCAGAUCAGGCCAUCCACGAGUUUGCCAAGGAGAUUGAUGUUAGCAGUAUUCACAUUGAGAGGGUUAUUGGCAUGGGAGAGUUUGGGGAGGUGUGCAGUGGUCGGCUGCGCGCUCAGGGAAAGAGGGAGAUAUACGUGGCCAUCAAAAGUCUGAAGGCGGGCUACACGGACAAACAGAGGCGGGACUUCCUGUCUGAGGCCUCCAUCAUGGGACAGUUUGAUCACCCCAACAUCAUCCGGCUGGAGGGAGUUGUCACGAGAUGCAAGCCGUUGAUGAUCAUAACGGAGUACAUGGAAAAUGGAUCAUUGGAUGCUUUUCUCCGGAAACAUGACGGCCAGUUCACAGUGAUCCAGCUGGUCGGCAUGCUGCGUGGCAUCGCCUCAGGUAUGAAGUACUUGUCGGACAUGAGCUACGUUCACAGAGACCUGGCAGCUCGAAACAUCCUGGUCAACAGCAACCUGGUGUGUAAGGUGUCGGACUUUGGCCUGAGUCGUGUUCUGGAGGACGACCCAGAGGCUGCGUACACUACGAGGGAGCCUACAGGGACUUAUCUUUCCCCUGGAGGGAAGAUCCCCAUCAGAUGGACAGCUCCAGAGGCAAUAGCCUACAGGAAGUUCACCACGGCCAGCGAUGUGUGGAGUUAUGGCAUCGUCAUGUGGGAGGUGGUUUCAUACGGAGAGAGACCUUACUGGGACAUGAACAACCAAGACGUGAUAAAAGCAAUCGAGGAGGGCUACCGCCUGCCUGCUCCAAUGGACUGUCCUGUGGUGCUGCACCAGUUAAUGUUGGACUGCUGGGAGAGGGAACGUGCAGAGAGACCCACCUUCAGCCAGAUCCUCAACAUGCUGGAUAAACUGAUACGUAACCCCGGCACGCUGCGCCGCACAAGAGGAGAGAGACCCACGGCCACCAUGUUGGAGUCUGGUUUGGGGUCAGAGGUGUGUGUGUCUGUUGUACCGGAGGUGUGUGUGCCUGAGUGGUCAGUGUGCGUGUGGCUGCAGUCCAUCGGGCUGGAGCGGUACAGAGACACUCUGGCAGCAGCUGGCUACACCAGCCUCGACGGCCUUCUGGCUCUCACACACCAGGAAAUGGACAGAGUUGGAAUUAUCACGCCCUCACACCAGGACUUACUUAUUGCCAGUGUGCAGCAGGAAAUGUUGUCUCAAAUGCAGCACAUGCAACACACAAUGGUUCCAGUCUGAGCAGGAGAACGAAUACCAACCUGUUCAUGAGAAGAAUUUCAUUUACCUCAUCCAUGCACUUUAGAGGGACUUUUCAAGGAGCGGAGUGAAGUAGACAUAAUGAAAAGAAGAGAGAGAGAAGCAGCACUUUUGUUAACUUCCGUCCUGGGGAGUUUUCUGAAAUCCAUGAUCUGGACAUGGCAGCAGAACGCAUUAAGCUACUGCGAGCUUAGACUGAAGCCUCAUCCUCUUAUCCACUUCUAUUUGUCAUUAUUUUAUUCUCUGGUUUUGUGAAGGCUGACAUGUAAGGCUGUGCAUAAGCAGAAUGGCUUCCAACGUUUUCUUUUUGCUGCUUUGGGCUUGACUUGAAUAAAAUGUGUUUGCUCGUAUGAACAUACUUGUGUGAGUGUGUGUGUGUUUGUGUGUGUGUGUGUGUGUGUGUGUGUGUGUGUGUGUGUGUGUGUGUGUGUGUGUGUGUGUGUGUGUGUGUGUGUGUGUGUGUGUGAGAGAGAGGGUUUGGAUGUUAGUGUGAGUGUGUUGUACCUUGCGUGACUGUAAACAACCUGGAAUCUCUUUUGUCAAGACUUCAGCCAUCUUUGAAUAUUUUGAAUAUGCAAAGUAAUAAAGAGAGAGUGAGAGGGAGGAGCCAGACAGAAUGUAUCAUUACACGCUCUGUUGAUACUAACACACUGUAUGAUUUGCUUGUGUUUUUUUAUAUUUUCAGUUUUUAUUUUUGAAUUGUAAAAUUGUGUUGAAUUAGACAUUAAGAGUAGAAUGUCAUCUGUCUGUGUCAAAUGUAUAUGUCUCUUGUUUAAUGCUAAAACUUAGCUACAAAAAGCAAUGUUUAUUUAUGGCCUUUUUUAAAUCUAGUUUGUACAUUGUAAAAUAGAAACACUGAGGAAAUAUUGUAAUGAUGUCUGUAUUGCAUUGCAAUAAAUCCCCAAAUUCAUCCA